AUGCAAAAAGAGAACCUCUCUAUAAUAGAAAUGUGGAAAAAAAAUCGUUUUGAAGAACGGAGGAUUGAGAUUGUCCAAUACAAAAACCGACCUUUUAUUCAAAUUGAUAAGCGUCCACGAAUUGAUCUAACUAAAGCCAUUGUUAGUAGGACAAUAGAAAUGGAAAUACCAAUAGAAGAAAGUAAGAAAUCACUUUGUUUUGAAGUUGUUUAUGAUAAACAAUUUGUCUUUUUUUGUAAAGACGAUGAUAUGGUUAGAUAUUGGGUAAAUAAAAUGGCAUUAGUUUCAAAGACAUUUGGAGUAUUUGGAUAUCCGUUAUCAUGUGCAGUAAAAAAGUCGUCAUGGCGUUUUCCUAUUCCAGUAUUUAGAUCUUUACAAUAUUUAUUAACACAUGAAGGAAAAGAGUUAGAAGGAAUAUUUAGAACUAAUGCAUCUCAUGUAUCGUUGUCAAGAAUUAAAACAAUAUUAGAUUGUGAUCAAGAUGUUGAUAUGGAAUCAUUUGAUGAUUGUAGAGUUGCAGCAGCAAUAUUAAAAGACUACCUUCGACAACUACCAGAACCAUUAAUCCCAUUUGAAUAUUACAAACAAUUUAUUGAAUUACCACUAAAAACCACUGACCCAAAGUUGUUUAUGGAAAGUCUUCCUAAAAUGAAUCAAGACACACUAUGGUAUUUAUGUAGUUUUUUAUAUGAAAUUCAGUUAAACGAAGAAAAAACAAGAAUGAAUGCAUCAAAUUUAGCCACGUGCAUUGGACUAACUGUUUGUAGACCACCACCAUUUGAAGGUGUUGAUGAAUUAAUUCAUACAAAAAAUGCCAUAUCUGCUUUUGAGUUUGUAUUAAAUAAUUACGAACCAUUAUUUUUUUCUAUUAAACAACGUAAUGAAAAAGAAGGAUUAAUACCACCUGAAUAUCCAUGUGUUAUUCCCCACCAAAAAAUACCAUUUUGUAGAUUAACUAGUAUGAUCAAAACUACUAUUAAAAAAGAUUCAGAUUUACCUCAAGCAACACCUCAAGUAAGAACAAAAGCAAAACUUAGUAAAUGCAACAGUGAAACAAACUUGACUCCAGCACUUGGUAUAGACAAAAAUAAAAAUAUUAAAGUUCCUGAAGUACCUUCAAGUCCUAAAGAAGAAUUAAAUAUCGAAAAAUUAGACGAAGGAACAGAAAAAGAAAAGGAAUUAGAGCAUUGUGAAUCACCAAUCAGUGAUGGAACAACACCAAAAAUUAAAAAAGAAAAAAAAGAAAAGAAGGGAAGAAAAGGAAGUAUUGAAGGAAAUAUUAAUACAUUAAUUGCUAAAGGUUGGUCUAAAAUGAAAUUUGAAAGAAAAACAAAUACAAUAUCUUCUUCUACCACAACUGAAUCAAAAGAAGAUAAAAAGAAAGAUGAAAGUAAAGAAAAAGAUACAAAACCUCCAAGAAGUCCAAGAGGAUCUUUAUUACCUUCUACUUUUAAAAAACUUUCUCAAGAAAAGGAACAUAAACGAAAUGAAACUACGGAAUUAACAGAUGAACAAAUACUUACACAACAUAUAACGGAAGUGCAAAUAAAUCUUAUUGAAGAUUUAAAAAAAGAAUUAGUUAAAUUAAACGAUGAGUUAAAUAAAGUUAAAGCAGAAAGAGAUUAUCUUAAAAAAAAAUAUGAACCAGAAAGUUUUAUUGAAACUAACAAAUAUGGAAUUACUACUGAUAAUCAAUUUUCGUUUACUCAAACUCAAUUUACUGAAGAAAAACAUGAAGACAUUCAUGUUCCAUCUUUCAGUGAUUAUGGACAUAAUGAAAAACAUAAUGAAAUAAAAGAUAGCAGUGAAAAUACUGUAGAAAAUAAAGAAGAAAAGAAUGAAGAAAAUAAAGAAGAAAAGAUUAAAGAAGAAAAGAAUGAAGAAUCUCCUUUAUUAAAAGAAAAAAAUGUAAUUAUUGAAAGCGAUAUUGAGUCACAUGAAAUUGAAAAAAAGGAAGAAGAACCAAAAGUAAUAUUAUCUAAUUCAGGAUCUACACAUCUUUCAGAUGAAGAUUCUGAAAUAUCAAAUAAUGAAGUUAAAAUAAAUAAUGAAUAG